AUGAGUUUUUCUCACCUCAUCGCAUUUCGAUUUCUAUCUCUUUUUUUUCAGGAAAGAGCAGCUCAAUGCGCUGCCGAAGGAGGACUGAGCCGUCAUGAAUUUGACUCUUUGCGUCGUGAAAUCGAGCAAAAGGACAGGCGAAUCAAACAGCUUGAAGAGCAAGCGGAACGAACCAGCACAAUGCAUGAGCAAGAGCAGCGGCUUCUUACGACGGCCUUUUAUGGAAUGGCGAAACGCGUCGACGAAUGCAGUCGUAUGGCAGAAGAUGCAGAUUCUGCUCGGGAACGAAGUUUCCUUUCUCGUCAGAAGCAAGCCAACGCAUUUAACCUUCGGUGA